AUGCCCGGCCUGACAACCCUAGGCCGGUGCGAGGCGGUGGUAAGCACGGCCGGCAGCGGUCGAUAUGGCGCCGCCCGUAACCCACUUCCGGCGCCCGUGACCUUGCCGCCGCCAUUCACGGCGCGUCUUACCGCCCCCAUCGCCCCCAUCCCACCGUGCCCCCAUGCCCACACGGCCCCCGGGCUCGAACUUACACAACCGACAGGACACCUCCAAGUCUUACUGCUGGCUGGUGCGGUGGAAUUAAUAGGCAGCAUUGAACUUGAACGCGGCGGUGCGUGCGCGCGUGACGUCACCGCAUACACGUGCUGGCGCGGGGCGUCGGUCGACCGCCGCAAGGCCACUCCGCCCCGCCUCGAGAAACCAACCGUGAACGAUUAUCCCCUCAGG